UAAAACUAAUAAAGAAAAAUAACUAAAAAGAAGAAGAUUUUGCAAAAUGGACUAUAUAUAGCUUAGUAUUCAACUUUUUCUGUUUUUGUUAUAAUACGUAGAGUUUAGUCUGAAGGAAACCUAAAAUUACAUUUUGAUGGCUCCUUUAUGAAUGCAACUUCAUUAAGUAAAGCUGGUUGGGUUGUCCGAGAUGAAAGGGGUAUUUUCCGGUUUGCGGGGCAAGCUCUGGGGAACAGGAUCUUCAAUGCAAUGGAAGUGGAAUUUCAAGCUCUUAUCAAUGCAAUGCAACACUGUUGGAGUUUGGGUUAUACGAAAAUAAUAUUGGAAGGUGACAAUCAGAAGAUGAUGGAUAUUCUCAACAACAAAGUCUUACAUUUUGGUAUGUAUAAUUGGAUUAGGGAAGUAAGAUGGUGGUCCCGGUUAUUUCAAGAGGUGGAAUUCAGAUGGGUAAAGAGGCAAGCAAAUAUGGUUGCAGAAAAAUUGGCAAAGGGUUUACUUCAUCUUUGCAUCAAGACUAUGUAUGUUCACAAUAUCAAUAAUAAAAAGUUAGAUGUUAAAAAAAAAAAACAUAAAAUUACAGUUUCAGUCUUUUAUCAAAUCCUAGUUCAUUUUCUCUCCAAAGGCAAAGGUUUUGGCUUGGUAUCAUCAGAUCUGAUUGGGAGAUUUGAUUGGGUCCAAUCUCGUCAUCGUUCUCGGUGCCAAGGGUGUGCUCCUUGGUGUACAGUGUCGCUGAGGGUCGAUGGUUUAAGUACGUUUUGGAGCAUGAUGGAGCUUUUGGAGUAUAUUGAAGCUGUGAAGAGAACAAUACUGAAAACUUGGAGUCGAAGUCUGUCUAUGCGUAAUGCGUCAAUCGACGCCAUGUGCGACGAAUUUAAUGAUGAUCAAAUAAAUUACAACUUGACCCAGGAGUUCCAGUAAUUUAUCGGGAAGCCCCUGGACGUGUUUGAGACUAUAUUUUAGGGUUUUUAAAGUUUUGUAAAUUAUGUUUAUUUUUGGAGAGAGAGAUCUGAACUCCUUCGUAGAGAAGAUAUUGAACUCCCCUAGUUACUCUAUUAUAUUUAUGCAUUUUAUUAAGAUUUA